GCGCGGGGCGCGUCGCUGUCCGACGUCCGGCUGGCCGACGCCGACGCGCUCUGGCUGCGGGGGGCGGCGACCAGGCCGCCCGAGGACCCGCUGGCCCGCUACCGGAGGCCGGGGUUCCGUCGGUCUCGCGAAGGAUCCCUGGAGUCCCUCCCGGCCGCCAUGUCCCUGGAGAGUGACCUGCUGGGCCCCCUGGCGGGCGGCGCACGCAGCAGUCCCUCGGCUUACCUGGGCGAGCGCAGGCCCAAGCGCAAGGACAAGCUGUCGCGCAAGCCCCGCUCCUGGCACCCCUCCCCCUACGUGUCCGAGGACGAGGACGACACCAUAGACAGGGAACAGCGCAAGGCCAACAUCAAGGCGGAGAUCGCACGCCGACGCCAGCAGAUUGAGGAGAACGCUCGACUCCACGACGAGCUCUACAAGUUGGCUCGCUUGCGGGAGAGCACAGACCUCGAAGAGCUGUACCGUAGCGGCGGCGGUGCCGUGCCCUUGGCCGGUGGCGUGCCGCUGGUUGGCGGUGGCGGCAGCGUCCUGCAGGCCAUCGACGAGAUCCUGCGCAAGGACUACACGCACCAGCAACACCAGCAGCUUCACCAGCAACAUCAUCACCAGCAGCAGCAACAGCAGCAGCAGCAGAGGCACGCGCCAGGUUACCCAGGUUACUAUAGCAAGGCUUCCUCCCUGUACGCCGCGGGACCCCCAUCCUACUCGUCGGCCACCAUGCCCUGCUACGAGUACUACGGGGCCGGCGGCGGCGCGUCCCGAGCGGCGGGGCGGACCGGCUGGUUCGUGGCGGAAGCGUCCAGUCCCCCCGGCCGCUUUCCGGACUGCAGCGCCGAGGACAAGAGCAUUGCGAUGAUAGCCUCCACGUUCCCGGCGGACGCCCUCAGCCCGGCCGACUUCGACUACUCGCCUUUCACGACGGACACCGAGGCCGACUACGAGCACACGCCGGCCAUGCCCAUCCUCCCGGACAUGCCCACGCGCUCGCGCAGGCUGCUCGAGAACCUCGGCAGCGCGCCCAUUAUGCCGCAACCCGCACGGAGGCAGCAGCAACAGCAGCAGCAGCAGCACGCGAGAUCCGGGAAUGGUCUGGGCAUGAAGGUUGUCGGAGGCAAGGUGAUUCCCGGAAGCAAUGGAGUUUUAGGCGCAUACGUUGCCAAGGUGUACGCCGGUGGUGUGGUCGAGACGCUGGGCGAAGUCAACGAAGGUGACCAAGUGCUGGAAUGGAACGGCGUGCCGUUGACCGGUAAAACCUACGAGGAGGUGCAGCGAAUUAUCGCCUCUUCUACGGACGAAGUGGAAGUCGUCAUCAGAAGGUAA